AUGUUGUUGUUGUUGUUGACUGAGGAGUUGACACGGGAAUAUGGCAUCCCGGAAGAUGUAUCCGCCAAGAUAACGGCCACAUAUCUGAAGCAAUUUAGAAAGUGUCCGGACAAUGCGACUCUGACGUUGGAUGCUUGGCGUACCAUCCUCUGGAACAAAGCACUAGGACACAAGUACUCGUAUCUAGCGAAAAAAGUUUAUGAGAGAUGGCUAUAUUUAAGAUACCAUUAUAUGGUGCUGGCGCCGAAUACAGUUUCCAUGCUGCAUCAAUUCAGAAAGAAGUAUCUGCUAGGUCUGAUCACCAACGGCCCGUCAAACGCUCAGUGGGAGAAGAUACACAAACUGUCGCUGCAGCAGUACUUCGAUGUUAUCCUGGUAUCCGGUGAUCUGCCAUGGGAGAAACCAGAAGCAGAAAUAUUCCAAAAGGCUUGUCAUUUUCUUAACGUGAGACCCGAGGAGUGCAUCAUGGUCGGCGACAAAUUGGAGACCGAUAUUUUAGGUGGGAUCGAGGCUGGUCUGUACGGGACAGUGUGGAUACCAACCACAGAUAAACCUCGUCUCUCUGGAAACGAUCCUAAACCAGAUUUUAUAAUAAGACACGUAACGGAACUUCUCCGCAUAUUGGAGAGAGGUCCGAAUGCACCGGAACUUGAAGACUGUUCUUCAAAUGGAUCUGACGGCAGCUAA